AGCAUUUCGGACCCCAUUGAGACUAUAUUCCCCAAGGAAGAAUUUUUCGAACCAAAUCGCAGACAUGGCACCCAAGCAGCUCAAUUUCAUUACCGGCAACAAGAACAAGCUAGCCGAAGUACAAGCAAUUCUCGCCCCAACUGGUGUUGACCUCUCCAACCAAUCCGUGGACUUGCUUGAGAUUCAAGGCACAAUUGAGGAGAUCUCAAAGGACAAGUGUCGUAGAGCAGCGGACACGGUUGGUGGCCCAGUCCUGGUUGAAGAUACAUGUCUAUGCUUCGACGCCUUUGACGAACUCCCAGGCCCAUAUGUUAAGUGGUUCUUGCAGUCAUUGGGUGUUAAGCAGUUCCACAAGCUUCUGGCUGGAUUCGAAGACAAGGGCGCCCAAGCCGUAUGCACAUUCGCCUAUUCCGAGGGUCCUGGCCACGAACCUAUUGUGUUCCAGGGAAGAACCAAGGGCAAAAUUGUAGAGGCACGUGGUCCCACGGUUUUUGGAUGGGAUGCAUGCUUCGAGUACGAAGGCCAGACAUACGCUGAGAUGCCCAAGGUCGAGAAGAACAAGAUUUCGCACCGUGGAAAGGCGUUGGCCAAACUGACAGAGUGGCUCAAUGCGCACACCGAGUAG